CCUGAGUGGCUGCUGCAGCGCUGGGAGUCGAGGAUGGUAAAAUGACCCAGGGGAAGAAAAAGAAACGGGCCGCGAACCGCAGUAUCAUGCUGGCCAAGAAGAUCAUCAUUAAGGAUGGAGGCACGCCUCAAGGAAUAGGUUCCCCUAGUGUUUAUCAUGCGGUUAUUGUCAUCUUUUUGGAGUUUUUCGCUUGGGGACUACUGACAGCACCCACAUUGGUGGUAUUGCAUGAAACCUUCCCUAAGCAUACAUUUCUGAUGAAUGGCCUGAUUCAAGGAGUAAAGGGUUUGUUGUCAUUCCUCAGUGCCCCACUUAUUGGUGCUCUCUCUGAUGGUUGGGGCCGGAAAUCCUUCUUGCUGCUAACAGUGUUCUUCACAUGUGCCCCCAUUCCUCUAAUGAAGAUCAGCCCCUGGUGGUACUUUGCAGUGAUCUCUGUUUCUGGAGUUUUUGCAGUGACAUUCUCUGUUGUAUUUGCAUAUGUAGCAGAUAUAACUCAAGAACAUGAACGAAGUAUGGCUUAUGGUUUGGUUUCAGCAACGUUCGCUGCCAGCUUAGUCACCAGUCCUGCAAUUGGAGCUUACCUUGGACGAGUGUAUGGGGACAGCUUAGUGGUGGUCCUCGCCACAGCGAUAGCUCUGCUGGACAUCUGCUUUAUCCUUGUGGCUGUGCCAGAGUCGUUGCCUGAGAAGAUGCGGCCAGCGUCUUGGGGAGCUCCCAUUUCCUGGGAACAGGCUGACCCCUUUGCAUCCUUAAAAAAGGUGGGCCAGGAUUCCAUAGUGCUGCUGAUCUGUAUCGCGGUGUUCCUCUCCUACCUACCGGAGGCAGGCCAGUACUCCAGCUUCUUCUUAUACCUCAGACAGAUAAUGAAAUUUUCUUCGGAAAGUGUCGCAGCCUUUAUAGCAGUCCUCGGCAUUCUGUCCAUUAUCGCACAGACUAUAGUCUUGAGUUUACUCAUGAGGUCAAUUGGAAAUAAAAACACCAUCUUAUUGGGUCUGGGAUUUCAAAUAUUGCAGCUGGCUUGGUAUGGAUUUGGUUCAGAACCUUGGAUGAUGUGGGCUGCUGGGGCAGUCGCAGCCAUGUCUAGCAUUACCUUUCCAGCUGUUAGUGCCCUUGUUUCACGAACUGCUGAUGCUGAUCAACAGGGUCAAGGAAUGAUAACAGGAAUCCGAGGGUUGUGCAAUGGUCUGGGGCCAGCCCUUUAUGGAUUCAUUUUCUACAUAUUCCAUGUGGAACUUAAAGAACUGCCAAUCACAGGUUCAGACCUGGGAAUGAACACAAGCCCUCAGCACCACUUUGAACAGAAUUCCAUCAUCCCCGGUCCCCCCUUCCUCUUUGGAGCCUGUUCGGUACUGCUGGCUCUGCUUGUUGCCUUGUUUAUUCCGGAACACACUAAUUUAAGUUUAAGGUCCAGCAGUUGGAGAAAGCACUGUGGUGGUCACAGCCAUCUUCACAGUACACAAGCGCCAGGAGAGGCCAAAGAACCUUUACUCCAGGACACAAACGUGUGAUGACUGAAUUCAGGAAGACUUUUCUAUCGGCACCAAGGUCUUAGCUUUCACCUAUAGUUCUGGAUGUACAUUCCAUUUCCAUCUACAAUGUACUUUUAAGAUUGUCUUAAGAAAUAUCUGCAUGAACUCCGUGGGAACUAAAGAAAGAAUCGGACAGUUUUC